AUGGAGGCCCUGGAAGAAGAUGAACUCUGCUUUUCCCAGCUCAACACCUCCUGCAGGAAGACAAUGAACUCUCACUGGGUGGCCACGCUCUUUCUCAGCCUGCUGUGCUGCAUCACUGUGGUCAUUGUGGUUCUGAACCUGCUGGUCAUCAUCUCUAUCUCCCACUUCAGGCAGCUCCACACUUCCACAAACCUCCUCCUCCUCUCUCUGGCUGUCGCAGACUUCCUUGUGGGCUUCCUGCAGAUGCCAUCUGACAUCCUCCUCUUCCAAGGCUGCUGGAUCUUUGGUGAUUUUAUAUGUGUUGUGAAUUACUUUUUAGGUUACCUCAUUGUCAGUGUUUCAGUAGGAAACAUGGUGCUCAUAUCAAUUGACCGCUAUAUGGCAAUUUGUGACCCCAUGUUCUACAACACCAAAGUCACUCUGAGAAGAGUUCAAUACUGUGUUUGUCUGUGUUGGAUAUUUUCUGCUGUGCACAGCACUUGGAUACUCAGGGAUUACUUUAAGCAAUCAAACAGGGAUGACUCCUGUUAUGGAGAAUGUUUAUUCAUAAGUAAUUAUGCUGAAGAAAUUGUUGAUCUUCUUGUGACCUUUUUAGGCCCCAUUUUAAUCAUUAUACUUCUGUAUAUGAGAGUAUUUCUGGUGGCUGUGUCUCAGGCUCGUGCGAUGCGCUCUCACGUUGCAGCUGUCACACUUCAGCGUUCAGAGACUGUGAAAGCUAAGAAAUCUGAAAUGAAAGCAGCCAGGACUCUCGGUGUCGUAGUAGUUGUCUUUAUUCUGUGCUCCUGUCCAUAUUAUUUUUUUGCUGUUGCAGCUGUGAGCGAUUUGGUCGGGGCAACUUCUUCAGCCAUUGACAUUUGGUUGUUGUAUUUCAACUCCUGUCUAAACCCUGUGAUCUAUGUUUUUUUCUACCCCUGGUUCAGAAAAUCUAUUAAACACAUUGUUACACUUCAGAUUCUGCAGCCUGGCUCCAGUGAGGCCAAUUUAAUGUAG